GAAGAGCCGCGUCGAACAUGGUGGGAGGGAUGCGACGGUUGCAGGAGGGCGGCGGAGGAGUUCGAAGAAGCUCGAAGGGCCCUGCGGCACUAGUAGCCGGGCCAGUGAUCAUGCUCUUCAUGCUCGUGUUGAUGGCUCUUCAUAUAGCGACUUCGAGCUGGGGCUCUGCUCAACAGUCGGCCAGACCCUCUGGGGGACGAUCACCUGGACAAGCAGAGCUGCUAGAAUGGUACAAGGCGGACCCAAACGCCGAUGGAGGGAAGCUGCCUCCCAGAGCAAAGUUGAGUGGAGGAGCAGGCAGCUCAAGAGCGGGGGAGGGAGGGAUGAUAGCGGGGAAGCCAUGGGCAAUGCAAAUCCCCGGGGUUGCCAGACCUGCACGAGCUCCGGUCAACGAGUUUGGGUUGCACAAAUUCGCGCUUGACGACGACUAUGUGCAAUGGAGGAAAGAACCUUGGUUCUGGGAAGUGAGGGAGGGAGAAGAAGGGAGGCUUCCAGGCGUGAAUGUACAGAGCAGUUACCCUAUGGACCUUCUGCCAUUGCGCGAAAUGGCAGAAACUCUAGACCAUCCCUUUGAGGACAGGUAAGAUAGAGUCGACUAGAUCCACCAGAAUUCAUCAUGGUGUGACGUUCGAAUAUGAUCUAGGGCGCAACAAUACUUCAUGCAUUCUGCAUGACUUUAAAUCAAAGGUUAUCCAUUUCAUGGUGCGCUCAACUCAGACAAUUCGUUCUUUUGCACACUUGAAUUGUAUGCCUUAAUGCAAAACUACAUGCUUGUCAAAAAA